GUCUCGCAUCAUGUUUUCCAGGAGUUUAUGAAUAAUGUCUAUUGAGUUGAGUCGUGAAGGUUUGUGACUUUUAAAAUAUGGGUCCCCAGAAAAAAAGUUUGGGAAACACUGAUGUAACACAGUGGUCACCGAAUAUAUUCAUGGGAGGGACAGAAUAUUUCUGGACAGACACCUCGGGGGCCGGACAUUCAAAUAAAAAUGAUUUUCUUUUCUUUUUUCUAUUUUUUCUGUUUAUUUUGGAAUCCUGUUACUAUGCAGAUUUGAUUUGGCUCGCAUUUGAUGAUCACUGGUCUAUGACCUAGAUUUAUCAACCCUGAAAAGGUAAAUGAGUCCAGGUGUAUGAUGGGACCAUAAACUAGCUUUGAUCCAUUAUAUUAAUGUGAGAGAAUCACCUUCACAUACAGUAUAUGUGGGAAUAAAGCCCUACAAAGCCCUAUAAUCCUUGCUAGUGGCUGUGCCGUUUGAAGAGUAAAAUUCCAAAGUACUGUAAAGUAUUUCCACAAACAAAGAAAAGAAAUAUAAUCUCUUGCAUAUUUGCAGAACAAAAAGGACACAUGUACAUUUGUAAGAACUUCAUGUGCUUCAAGAAAAGACGACAAAUGUCUUAAAGCGACACCGACCAAAUCUAAAGUCCCACUAAAUAAUAAAUAAAACAAACUGCAAUAAUGAGCCUGUCCUCAGUUGUACUUCAACACCACACGUAUUCUACACUCGGUACGCGUUUGGUGUUUUACUAAAACCACUUCAGUUGUGGUCACAACUUUGACAUUUGUCACAGAGUUGAAGCCCGGGUCUACACGUGGUUUGCUGUGUACCUGCAGCACUGACUGACAGGCUCCGGCAGCAUCUUCACCUUUACAGAGGAUCAACGUUAACGUUUCUGAGCCACGACCCACCAUCAACGUCUGAACAAGAUUCGGAGCAGCGUUUCCAUGUGUGUGCGCGCGUGCGUACUCAGGGAGGAGACAGAUGGAGGAGCACUAAUGACUACGGAGGCUGUGUGCGCGGACAGAGGAGGAGGAGCGGAGCGGCGUUCCUCUGGAGUUUCCAAGAACCAAACCUGGUCCUGUUUGCCUCCUCCGCCUCCUGCGUCUCCUCCUCCGCCUCCUCCUGCACCAUUUGAUCAGUGAAGGGUCCACGGAGGAGUCACACACUUUCUGUGAGACCAGCCACCGUAGGGAGAGAAGCCGCUCCUCCUCCUCCUCCUCCAGAACUUCGCUGCUCCGUGUGUAAAGGACAUCUGUGGAGAAAGCUCAUCAGAAAAAGGCAUGUUCUACUUCAUGUUCCUGCUUCUUCUUCUUCUUCUUUUUGUUCCACACGUGCUCUUCUCCUCGACACAUGUAGCGGUGGUCUCGCCUCAGGAUCCCGUCCUGCACAUCGGCUCAAAUCUGACAGCUACAUGCACCCUGAACCCUGACCUCGGCCUCCACGCCGGCAACUUUUACUGGACGCUGAAUGGAAUACGUUUGUCCAGCGCCACCUACAGCCUGGUGUCCUCCAACAUUCUCAGUGUAAACCUACACCACCUGAAUGGCUCUCGACAAAAGUCCGGAGACAACCUGGUGUGUCACGGAGCAGAUGGACAGGUCCUGGGGGGUUCUUGUCUCUAUGUUGCCACACCUCCAGAAAAACCCGUCAAUUUAACAUGUUGGUCCCGCAAUACAAAAGACUUGACCUGCAAGUGGAGUCCAGGAGGCCCGGGUGAGACCCACAUCCGAACAAAGUACACACUCAAGUACAAACUGAGGUGGUACGGCAGAGAGAAAGAGGGUGAAAACUACAGCACAGGAAAACAGCGUUACUCCUGCUACGUCCCUCGCAACCUCGCCCUCUUCACCCCGUACGAGAUUUGGGUUGAGGCGUCCAAUCAGCUGGGCUCAGCGAUCUCUGACAUCACCACCCUGGACAUCCUGGACAUAGUGACCACUGAUCCUCCUGCUGACAUUCAAGUGAGUCGCGUCGGUGACCUGGAGGACCAGCUGACUGUUCGCUGGACGAGCCCCCCCGAGCUGAAGGACAUCUUGUUUCAGGCCAAGUAUCAGAUUCGCUACAGACUGGAGGACAGCACUGAAUGGAAGCUGGUGGAUGAUGUUGGUAACCAGACAUCUUGUCGAUUGGCCGGUCUCCAUCCUGGAACUGUUUAUUUUGUCCAGGUCAGGUGCAACCCAGUGGGCAUCUAUGGCUCCAGAAAGGCCGGCAUCUGGAGUGACUGGAGUCACCCGACAGCAGCGUCCACCCCCAGCAGUGAUCGUCUGCUGAGCAGCACCUGUGAAUCCAAGCCCAGCGAGCAGAACUCCACUCUGCGGCGAGAACUCAAGCAGUUCUUCGGCUGGGUCCGCAAACACGCGUAUGGCUGCAGCGGCAUGUCCAUCAAACUGUACGAUCAGUGGCGGGUGUGGCUGCAGAAAUCGCAUAAAACGCGCAACCAGGUAGGUAAGCAGUAUUUCUCUCUUUUUGUCUCCUCUAACCAGAGCUCGUGAACACAAACGCACACAGACACGUAUAACUCCACUGUGUAUACAACAGUUACCGCUGCACUGACAGGCUCAGUCUCUGACCCAGCCUUGUCUUGGAGCAUGUGGUCAGCAUUUUUACAAACACAAGCAGGACUGAUUUGUCUCAGGCUGCCUGGCUCUGAGGGUCCUUUAUGAUCAGGUAAAAAUGUGUGGUUUUCAGUUUACUGGCCCAGAGAUGGAGGCUUAAACAUGGAUGUGCUCUCCAGUCGUGGGACUCUGAUUUUAUUACAUAUUUUAAUGAUGUAGAAUUCUGAUCUUGAGCUGAUGACCACAACAAAGAGAAAUGAACAUGCAAAUGUAAUUAACAGCCCACUGUGAUGUCUUCCAUUUGUGUUUUGUUUCCUCUUGGCACGAAGAACCCCCCUUUCACAAAAAUAACUCAGGCCAAAUGGCACACAGAGGCCCGGCAUCUCUGCUGUUUAUGUGACUUUGUGAGGAGUUAAGACCCUUCAGCCACAUCCUCAGGCGCUUCGUCCUUUAACUAAAACAAACCAAACUUAA